AUGGGAAAAUUCGUCCCAAGGCAACGAAAGCACAAGGUGCUCGCCCGCGAGAGGGCCAAGGAGAACGGCAUCAUCCCCCAGGACUCGAAUGCGGAUGAGAUUCUCCCCGAAGACCAGAAGCGUCUCCAGGAAAAGAGAGCGCAGCUCAAGGCCGAAUUGCAAGGAGACGGUGCCAAGGCCAGCGGCAAGAAGGCGAAGCGGUUGGAAAAGUACAUCACCAAUAAGCUUCGCAAAGAUGAGAAUCGCGAAAUCCUCGCCAAGCUCGCGCAGCAAAAGGUCGACACGAGCUUGUUCACGAGCACCAAGACUCUCGGCCAGGGCAAGGAGUCCAAACGCCAGGCUUUGACGAGGGCGUUGCGGGAGAAGAACGCCGGGUUGGCAGUCGACGCGGAUGCCGAGGAGCUGCUUUAUGAGGAGAGAGAGGAGGCCCCCGAGAGAGGCGGCGUGACCUCCAAAUUCUCCAUCGCUGAACCGGAGAAAGCGAAGGAUGCAGAGGACGAAUGGAAUGGUUUGAGCGAUGACGCAGAGAACAGUUCAAGCGAUGAGGAUGACGAUUCAGCCGAGGAGUCUGAAGAAUCAAGCGAAGGAUCCGAAGAGUCUGAGGAAGACGACGAAGAUGAAGACGAAAGCGAGGACGAUGAAGAAGAGUCUACCAGCACAAGGCAGUCUGCCUUCAAGGCUUGGGCUCUUGCGCAAAGAAACGAAGCCCUUGGUUUUGAAGGAACAACAGAGGCCUCCACAGCACUGGAAAUUCCUAGGCCAGAGAAUUUUGAGCCACGCCCGCUUGAGCAGGAACCACUACCUCAGGAACUACAGCCGACAACAAACCUUGCACGCAAGGCAUACGCAGUUGCUGUGACGAGAACGCCAGAUAUCCAGGAAGUCCGCAUGAAACUUCCGGUGGUCACUGAGGAACAGAAGAUUAUGGAGAUGAUUCACAAUAACGACAUUGUCGUCGUAUGCGGUUCUACAGGUUCCGGUAAGACAACUCAGGUGCCGCAAUUCUUGUACGAGGCCGGGUACGGUUCUCCUGGCUCUGCUACUCCGGGCAUGAUUGGCGUCACGCAACCCCGACGAGUUGCUGCCGUGAGCAUGUCAAAACGUGUUGCGCAAGAACUAGGCGACCACUCGGACAGAGUGGGAUACCAGAUCCGAUUCGAGGGUACAGCUUCGGCCAAGACGGCCAUCAAGUUUAUGACGGAUGGUGUGUUGCUGCGAGAGAUGGGGCAAGACUUCUCUCUGAAGAAAUACUCGGCAAUCAUUAUCGACGAAGCUCACGAAAGAAGUGUCAACACAGAUAUCCUCAUUGGAAUGCUGAGUCGUAUCAAUAAUAUUCGCAAGGGCGACGACAAGGUGGAUCCUUCGAUCAAGCCACUCAAGAUCAUCAUCAUGUCCGCGACGCUAAGAGUCGAAGACAUGACCAACAAUACCACACUAUUCCCCACCCCGCCUCCUGUGGUUGAAGUCGAAGGACGGCAGCAUCCCGUCACAAUUCACUUUGCAAGGCGGACACAGUCCGACUUCGUCGAGGAGGCCUUUAACAAGAUUAUGCGUGGUCACCGGAAGCUACCGCCAGGAGGCUUUUUGGUGUUCCUUACCGGCCAAAACGAGAUUAGGUAUCUGAGCAAGCGCCUGAGGGAAGCAUUUGGUGGCUUCACAGAAGCCAGCGCACCCAAGGUCCAGAUCUCGGCCACCGAUGCGCCCAUGGAAGUCGAAGAUAUCGACUUUGGCGAGGUUGACGAUGUCAUCGGUGCCGACAUCGAUGACGGCCUCGAUGAGGAUGAGGACAUGGAGCACGAGGACGACAAGGAGUUCGAAAUUGAAGGAGAGGAGGGAGAAACGGGGCCCAUGAAUAUGCAAGUCUUACCUCUUUACUCUCUCCUGCCAACUAAGGAGCAGAUGAGGGUAUUUGAGGAUCCUCCCGAAAACCACCGUCAGGUCAUCCUGGCAACCAACGUUGCGGAAACCAGUUUGACGAUUCCGGGCAUCCGUUACGUCUUUGACUGUGGCCGGUCCAAAGAACGCCAAUACGAUCGCUUCAGCGGAGUGCAAACCUACGAAAUCGGCUGGAUCAGCAAGGCCAGUGCCAGUCAGCGCGCUGGUCGUGCCGGUCGUACGGGGCCCGGUCACUGCUACAGACUCUACUCCUCGGCCGUCUACGAGAGAGACCUGCCCGAGUUCACGGACCCCGAGAUCCUGCGGAUGCCCGUCGACGGCGUCGUGCUCCAGCUCAAGGCGAUGAACCUCUCCAACGUCGUCAACUUCCCCUUCCCGACGCCGCCGAACCGUAUGGGUCUCCGCCAGGCCGAGAAGCUGCUCACCUACCUCUCGGCCAUCGCGCCGGAAGGCCAAAUCACAAAAAUCGGAUCGACAAUGUCCAUCUUCCCGCUCUCGCCCCGCUUCGCCCGCAUCCUCCUUGUCGGCCACCAGCACGACUGCCUGCCGUAUACCAUCAUGAUGGUGGCGGCGCUCUCGGCCGCUGAGGUCUUUGUCCCGGAACACCAGGCAAUCCCCUCUCUUGAGGCGCGUGACGAGUCUGAGUUCCGCCGCACCGCCGACAUCAUCGCCGAGGAUCGCCAGGCCAACAUCAGGCGCCUCUUCAACGCCGCGCACAAGAACUUCUGCUACCUGGACGACAGGUCCGACGCCAUCAAGCUCCUCCAGGUCGUCGGCGAGUACGCCCAUGACCCGACGGAGAAGUGGUGCGAGGAUCACUUCGUCCGGUACAAGGUCUUGAAGGAGGUGACGCAGCUGCGCCAGCAAAUCACCGAGCUCCUCCGCGCCAACAUCCCCGCCUUCAAGAACCUCAAAUACCAGGACCGGCUCGACGCUCCCUCGGACAAGCAGGUUGCCUACCUCAAGCAGAUGGUGGCCGCCGGCUUCAUCGACCACGUCGCCCUCCGCGCCGACAAGGCCCCCGUGCCGCCCGAGGUGACGCGCAAGCCCGGCCGCGCCAUCGACGUGCCCUACAUCCCGCUCUCGCCGCUCGGCGUCGGCCACGGCGCGGAGAAGUACAUCUACAUCCACCCGACGUCGCCGCUCGCCCACCUCAGCCCGGCCGAGUGCCCCGAGUUCGUCGUGUACUCGCAGCUUCAGCGCGCGACGCAGGGCGCAGACGUGAACAAGACGCCCAAGACCAGGAUGCUCGCGCUUACGGACGUCACGGGCGGGCAGCUCGCGAGCUUGGCCAAGGGCACGCCGCUCGUGAGCUACGGGAAGCCGGUCAAGGAGAUUUCGUCGACGGCGAAUACGCGCGAGGUGUGGGUUGUGCCGUACCUCAGGGCCGAAGGGGUCGGUGGUCAGGGGUGGCCGUUGCCGAUGAAGAAGGUCGUGCAGCGCAGGGUUGCUGUCCUUCGCCAGUCGUACCGGCAGAGCCGCUUCUACAUAAGCGAAUCGGGUGAGACGGUACCUUUGGAUGGAAACUCCUCCUCGCCCGAAUGCCAAACCUCCCAAAACAAGAGUCAAAACCGGCCGGUGAUCCAAACACGUGGCGAGCUGGGCCGGUUGAAUCGGACCGUCGUUACUUACAGAGAGUCCCCCUUCCCUCUUGCGGACCUGGCUCCGAUGAUAUUGCAACAGCAAAGGUCGACCUGGAAGGAAAACGAAGCCCUCAUUGACGAAUGCAUGAGCGCCCUCCGCGAGAUUGAGAUGAAAAUGACACUCUUCUCAGGCGUCGCCGUGGUCACAGGCGCUGCUUCAGAAAUGGGUGAGAGGGAGGAUGAGAUGGAAUGCAAGCCUGGGACUGACAGAGUGAUCUCAGGCAUCGGCCGCCAGGUGGCAAUCUCAUUCGCCCGUGAGGGCUGCAAGCGCAUCGCUCUGCUCGACAGAGAUGAGGACGGCGCGCUGGAGACGGCUCGCAUGUGCCGGGAGGCCAACGGGGAGACGCGCACUUUUGUCAUGGAGAUUGACAACCGCAACGACGAGGACAUUGCAUCGUGUAUGGAGAAUGUUGUAGAGGAAUGGGGCCGGAUCGAUUAUGCAGUUAACUGUGCUGGCAUGUUUGGACCAAAGGCACCGUCGCACCUCCUGACGCCCGCCGAGUUUGACGAGAUCACCAACAUCAACUACCGCGGCACAUGGCUAUGCUCGCGGGCGGAGCUCACGCAUAUGAUUAAGCAGGAAUCCAUGAAGACGCACGACGGCAGACCAGGGAACCGGGGGGUCAUUGUCAAUGUUGCGAGUAAUCUCAGCCUGGUUAGCCGGCCAGAGACACCGGCCUACAACGCAUCCAAGGCGGCUAUCUUAAGGAUCAUUGACACGCCCAUGACAAGUGAAGUCUCAUCAGAUGAUCCCAUGAUCGCAGUAGCGCCAAUGAAGCGGAAAGGAACGCCGCAAGAAGUCGCCGAUGCCGUCUUAUUCCUCUGCAGUUCUAAGGCGUCUUUUAUCCACGGCGCCUCGUUGUCUGUUGACGGCGGCUACGUUAUCAACUAA